AAGAUUAGAAAACGGCAAAAGGCUUUCGAUUGUCAAUAUUGUAAUAUUAUUAUCCGUCGGUCAAGAGUCAACAAUCGUAGUGAUUAAAUUUUUUUACAGUGAUUAUCAUCUUUUAGUACUUCUCGUAGGUAAUAGCAAAGUACAAACGUCAAACAAUAGUAAUAGGUAUAAGUAUCCAUGUGUCAAUCGGACGAAAAUUAUCAACCAAAAUGUCUAACAUUCUGUGCAUUCAUCUAAUAUUUUUACCACGAGAUUGAAGACCAAUUAUUAUUCACAUAUGAUUCAAGAACAAUAUGUCAAACCAAUAUCUUAAUUGGUUUUCCAGAGCGCCUACAAAUAAAAUGAAGGUCAUUAAUCAUAUAAUACAAUAUUGACACAACCUCCUUCCAAAGUAUUCAUCAUCUAAGAAAAUGGCUGCUGGGUUACCACAUGAUUUAGAUGGUUUUAUUCCUUUAUUAUCUACCUCUGAUAUUCGAAUGAAGGUAACUGUUGGUUGUAAAUUAUUUACUUAUUUAGAAGAACCAAGUAAUUCUAUUGAAUGCUCAGAUAUUGGAACGUUUAUUGAUGGUAUUGUUCAAUGGUUAUUAAAUAGCAAUCCCAAAGUUAUUCUGUAUGGGAUUGAAAUAAUAACACAACUUAUAAAUAGAAUGAGAAUAGAUUUUAGACCUUACAUUUCUACCAUACUCUCCCUAGCUGUUGAUCGAAUUGGUGAUAGUAAAGAACCAAUUAAAGUUAAAACACUUUUUCUUAUAAUGAAAUUAAUGGAAUGUAAUACCAUAAGUCCCCAGACGUUAUUCGACAAAAUAUCAGUUAAUGCUUUUUGUCACAAAAAUAGUAAUGUUAAAGAAGGAUCUAUGAAAUUGUUGUUGUUAACUAUUGAAGAAUUUGGUGCAAAUUGUAUUACAAUAUCAAAAAUUAUACCUAUGAUUAUAAAACUUUUAAGUGAUCCUAAUGUUCAAGUGAGACAAAAAGCAUUUGAAACACUUGUUGAUUUGUAUAAACAUGUGGGAGAAAAGUUACGUGUUGAUAUUCAAAAAAAAUAUUCAAUUCCUCAAAGCAAAAUGACAGACUUAAUGAAUAAAUUUGAUGAAGCUAAAGCUACUGGAAGUUUAUUGCCAACUGCUUUUGUUGGGCUUAACUUAACUAACGAUGAUGAAACAGAUCGUACUUGCACAUUUGAACCAAAAUAUGUUGUUGGUAGUAUUAAAAGACCAAGUUCAUUUUUACAUCCAAAAUCAAAUCUUACAACACCCCAACAACAGGUUGAUUUUGUACGAAAAUCCACAUCUUCAUCAGCAUUAUCUGCCUCACAUGCAGGUGGAGUUGAUGAAGAUACUUUUAUUCGGGCAUUUGAAGACGUUCCUGCAUUACAAAUUUUUAGUAUACGAGAUUUAGAUGACACUAUGAAAAAAAUACACGAGUCUAUUCAAGAUAGUAAUGAACAAUGGAAUAAACGUGUGGAAUCAUUAAAGAAGAUAAGAUCACUAGUUUUAAUUGGAGCAACAAAAUAUGAAGAGUUUUACAAUAAUUUGAGGUAUUUAGAACAUUCGUUCCAAAUAUCUAUCAAAGAUUUGAGAUCCCAAGUUAUUAGAGAAACGUGUAUCACUAUAGCAUUUUUAUCCCAACGUUUGGGUACUAAAUUUAAUCACUUUUCAGAGUCUAUUUUUGGUAAUUUAAUUGAUCUUAUACAAAAUUCAGCAAAAGUAACGGCUUCAUCUGGAUUAGUUGCUAUAAGAUUUAUUUUACAAUAUACACAUGCUCCUCGUAUUAUACCUAUUCUUGCAAAUAGUCUGGGGUCAAAGUCAAAAGAUAUUCGUCGUGCAUGUUGUGAAUUUUUUGAACAAAUUCUUCGUACGUGGCCAACUCAAGCAAUAGAAAGACACUUAAUUAUACUACAGGAUUGCAUUAAAAAGGGUAUUGCAGAUGCUGAUUCAAAUGCCCGAGUUCUGUCUCGAAAAGCUUAUUGGGAAUUUUGUGAACUUUUUCCUGAGCAUGGAGAAAUAUUAUUAAAUAAGUUAGAACCAGCAUAUCGUAAAAUAUUGCUUAAUAAUUCUGGGUCCAACUUGUGUUUAUCAAAAUCUGUAAUAGCUGAAAGUACAAAGUUGUCUUCCCAUCGUCCUGUCUCUUUGCAUAGUAAUAUUUCAAUGAGAUCAAGAAGUGCCAUAGACUUGCAAGCUGCUAAGAGGUCAAAUGCUCGUACUGAAUAUGCUUCUCUUUCAAGACAAAAAUUCAACCCUGCGGUGUCAGUUCAAUCUGUUACCAAGAAGACUAACGAAGAUAUACACCAAACAGACAAAGGGGGAAGAUCAAGAGCUCGAGUAUCAUUAUCUCAACCGGCUAGUCGUGCUGGAUCACCAUCUAAAUUAAAUUUUGUCCAAACAAAAUCUAAUAGAGCAGCUUCUGGUAUACCUAGAUCUCGUGAUGCCAGUAGAGAAGUUAGUCCUAAUCGGCUUAAUAGCAAUGGACUGCAUAUUAAUAGUAAAGAACCAUCUACUUUGUUUACACCUAGACCAAUAAGGACACAAAAAAUAUUAACACAGAGUCAAGAACCUAAGUCUAUUAUUACUGAUGCUUUAAGUAACAAAAAUUAUUAUAAGUCUCCAAGAAAAUCAUUGGGAGGAUUAUUUAAUGAUUAUAGUGAUGAAAGCGAGACAUCUAGUGUUGGUUCUGAACGCAGAAUUGAUUUUCACAAGCGAUUUUCAGAUUCUUUUUACUUAAAUGGAUCAGCAUGUGGCCUACAUAAAGACAUUUGGAAAAACUCAAGUUUAAAAUAUUUGAAUAUUGAUGAUAUAAUAUCAAAAUGUGAAAGUUCAUGCUGGAAUAAUCGCAAGGAAGGUUUGAUUAGCUUACUAAAAUAUUUUCAACAAGGAAAUAUUUUGAGUGAAUUAUUACUAAUAAAAACAACAGAGGUGUUCACUAAAAUGUUUAUGGAUUCUCAAACCAAAGUUAUAAGUCUCUUUUUAGAUGUACUUAAUGAGUUAAUUGUUACCCAUAGUCAAUAUUUAGAAUAUUGGCUAUAUACACUUUUAGUAAAGUUAUUCAUUAAAGGAGGCUCUGAUAUACUUGGUUCUGUACACUCGAAAAUAUUGAAAACAUUGGAAAUUAUAAGGUUAUCUUUUCCUUGUGAUUUUCAAUUAACUGCCGUGUUUAAAUUUCUUACAGACCCUACUCAGACACCUAAUGUUAAAAUAAAAAUAUUUGCCAUGAGUUACAUUUCACAAUUAGCUGUUAGUGCAGACUCGGGGUCAAUCUUUGUUUCUGUGGUAAAUGGUAAAAAAGAUUAUGCUACUUUAGCGUUGAUAAAAAUGAUUGGAUGGACUAUGUGUAAUAAUAAUAUAAAACAAGGCCAUGAAUUAAGACGUGCAUCUCAGGAAGCUAUACUAGCUUUGUAUAGUUUAAAUGCAUCUCAAAUCACAUUGCGAUUAUCCCAGUUACCAGAAGAGUAUCAAGAAGUAUUUUCUAAACUCUUGAAAAUUAGAGCAAGAAGAAGUAGUGCUGAUCAAUUAAUGUCUCUAAAUUAUCACAACAGUCAGGUACCAACAAAUCUUGCUUCGCCACCUUUACAACCUGACACCAUUGAUACUUUUAAUUCGGAAAAAAUACAUAAGUCAUUUAAACAAUCUUCUGAUAAAGGUCAAAAGUGUAGUUUAAAAUGUUAUUACCCUGAGGAGAAAAAUGCUGAUUCUUGUGAAUCUAGAAUAAAUCAUCUAUCUAUACCUACUGAAACUAAUAGUCAAAAUUUAAAUGGUUACAACAAUGGUCAUACUACAGUAGAUGGAAUUAUACAAAUAUUAGACGAUCUAGAUAAAGAUACUCUGCAGCUUGAUUAUAAACAACUAAUUUUGAUCAAUCUAAAAGAAUUAAUAAAGAAUGAUUGUUCUUCUGGUGAACUCAUACAUCAUUUCAAAAAAAUGAUAAAUGUUGUUUUAAAGUUAUUAAUGGAUAUUGAACCAAUUGUCCGAGAGCAUACAAUAUCUUUGAUUACAUAUUUAGUUAAAAAAUCAGAAUUAGUUACCUAUUUUCACAACUACACUGAAUUGAUUGUAUUGAAAGUAAUAGAUAUGUGUUGUGAUUCAUAUAAACCUAUUGUUAAAGUAGCUGAAGAAUGUUUACUUGUCUUAAGCGUAUCUUUACAUCAAAAAACAGUUGUGAAAAUAAUUACACCGUUGAUAUUAGCAAAAGAAUUUCCAGUCAAUUUGGUUGCUAUUAGAAUGAUGACUAAACUUAUUGAUACUUGUGGCAGUCCACCUGUAACUGAUCAAAUAAAAGACAUUAUGUCUGGUCUAUUGCAGAGCUAUGAUAAUCCUGAUAGUGCAGUCCGAAAGUCAGCUGUGUUUUGUAUGGUCUCAUUAUAUAAAGCAUUUGGUUCACAAGAAUUUACUCCUCAUAUAUCAAGUCUAAAUGGUGCAAAGCUCAAAUUGUUAAAUCUAUAUAUUGAACGCUCACAACAGUCCAUCAAGAUCAAUUAAUUUUAUUCUUAAUACCUACUUAAUAUAUUUGUUUACAAGAAAGUAAGUCAAAUAAAAAUUAUACGUCUAUGUUUGAUACCUAUUUAAAUCACUUAAUUUUUUAAUUUUAACCUUUUGACGAGAUCUAGACUCUAAAUAUGAACUUUUUAAACAAAACCAUUUGAUAUUUAUAUUUUGUAAAUUUUUUAGUUAAAAUUGAGUUGUAAAUAAUAAUAUCUACUUCACUAGGAUAAUUUACUUUUAUUGAUCAAUAGAUAAUGGAAAUAUGUUUUAACCAAAAGAAUAUAAUUAUUUUAUUUGGUUGUAAAUUCAGAAUUUGUAACUAUUAGUUGGUAAAAUGAAUUGUUAUUAUUUGUUCAUUUUAAGAUACUAUAAGAAACAUAUUAUUUUUUUUAUAUGUAACAAGUGAUUAUUUUUCUGAGACUGUUUACAAUAUUUUAUUUUAAGAAAAAAAAUUAUUAUUUUACAUUAAUUAAUACUUGAUUUAUUACUAACUUGCAUUAUGUAAUAUUAUUAUGUGUCUUUUGAGUUAUAACUAAGUAUGGCUGUGUUGUAUUAUUAUUA